GGGGAGCGUAGGAAGGGCGGGGACCCGGAUGUGUGUGGUGGCGGUGGCCGAAGAGCUAGUGAGCGGAGCUCAGAGGCCUAUGGAUGAGGAGGACGCGGCGGCCCCGGUUUGUUCUCAUGAACAAGAUGGAUGACCUCAACCUGCACUACCGGUUUCUGAAUUGGCGCCGGAGGAUCCGGGAGAUUCGAGAGGUCCGGGCUUUCCGAUAUCAGGAGAGGUUCAAGCACAUUCUUGUAGAUGGAGACACUUUGAGUUACCAUGGAAACUCUGGUGAAGUUGGCUGCUACGUGGCUUCUCGACCCCUGACGAAGGACAGCAAUUAUUUUGAGGUGUCUAUUGUGGACAGCGGGGUCCGGGGUACCAUUGCUGUGGGACUGGUCCCUCAGUACUACAGCUUGGAUCACCAGCCUGGCUGGUUGCCUGACUCUGUAGCCUACCAUGCUGAUGAUGGCAAGCUGUACAAUGGCCGGGCCAAGGGCCGCCAGUUUGGGUCAAAGUGCAACUCCGGGGACCGGAUUGGUUGUGGCAUUGAGCCAGUGUCCUUUGAUGUGCAGACUGCCCAGAUCUUCUUCACCAAAAAUGGGAAGCGGGUGGGCUCCACCAUCAUGCCCAUGUCCCCCGAUGGGCUGUUCCCAGCAGUGGGCAUGCACUCCCUGGGUGAGGAGGUGCGGCUGCACCUGAACGCUGAGCUGGGCCGCGAGGACGACAGUGUCAUGAUGGUGGACAGUUACGAGGACGAAUGGGGCCGGCUGCACGACGUCAGAGUCUGCGGAACUCUACUGGAGUACUUGGGCAAGGGCAAGAGCAUCGUGGACGUGGGGCUGGCCCAGGCCCGGCACCCGCUGAGCACCCGUAGCCACUACUUCGAAGUGGAGAUCGUGGACCCUGGAGAGAAAUGCUACAUCGCCUUGGGGCUGGCCCGAAAGGAUUAUCCCAAGAACAGGCACCCUGGCUGGAGCAGAGGGUCUGUGGCUUAUCAUGCAGAUGACGGGAAGAUCUUCCAUGGCAGUGGUGUGGGGGACCCUUUUGGGCCACGCUGUUACAAAGGGGACAUCAUGGGCUGUGGAAUCAUGUUCCCCCGGGACUACAUCUUGGACAGUGAGGGUGACAGUGAUGACAGCUGUGACACAGUGAUCCUGUCCCCGACCGCCCGAGCUGUCCGGAAUGUCCGGAACGUCAUGUACCUGCACCAGGAAGGGGAAGAGGAAGAGGAGGAAGAGGAAGAGGAAGAUGAUGGGGAAGAGAUAGAACAGGAGCAUGAGGGCAAGAAGGUGGUGGUUUUCUUCACUCGGAAUGGCAAGAUCAUUGGGAAGAAGGAUGCUGUCGUACCUUCUGGGGGCUUCUUCCCCACAAUUGGGAUGCUGAGCUGUGGGGAGAAAGUCAAAGUGGAUCUGCACCCCUUGAGUGGCUAGGCCUUCUCCCCUGGACCUGCUCCUUCUCCCUCUCCUCGCCCUUUGCAGAGCCAGGUACCCCGUUCCUGACGCCCCGAGGAUUUGCUUACCCAGCAGGCCCCAGGGGGUGUGUUGUCCCUCUGCCCUACCAGAUCAGGCCCCUGCCAAGCUCCUCUGUGCCCAUGUUUCUGACCUGGUGCUGCCCCUGUUGUUAGUCCCUGGGCGAGAGUUCCUGGCUGGACAGGAACCAGCCCAAAGGAUGGUGUUGCUUCACGGGUGGGUCCCACUGGCUUUGGCCGUGGGCUCCCGCAUGCCCCUCCCACUCUGGCCCGUGUGAGGGGAGAGGAGUGAGCGCCCGUCUCAGCUGCUGUUGGGCGUGAGGCUCGGCAAGGGUGGAGCAGGACACCCCCUCCUCUGUUUACCACAGGGUUCCUCUUCUCAUCUUCUUUCCUGUUCCCUGUCCUCGUCGUCGUGUGAAGCAGUUGCCGCUGUCAUCCCCCCCUGGCUGGGCUAGGGGGGGGCUCUCUUGGGCCCUCUGUCUCCUUCCACUGAUUGGUGUCCCGAGAAGACUACUCGAGGGUCUCCGUUCUUUCCCCUGUGAGCCAGCUUCCUCCCUCACUGCCUGCUCAGGCACCACAGUCCCCCCGAGAAUCCAAGUCUCUGGCUUCCCCCAGCUGUACACACGUAGAUGGUGUCCAUGACGUGUUUAAUGGGGUGAGAGGGGGGCUGUCAAAUCGGGGGACUGGGGCCUUUGCUCCUGUCUCCCCCUUGCCCUCCUUGGCUCACCUGUGGCACCCGUCUCUCGUUCCUGGGGAGGCAGGCGGAGACUCUGGAGCCGGUCUCUCCCACGUGGUCAGGGCAGGACCCCAGAGCCCUAGCGAGAGCCCGAGGGCACGGGCCCAUGCUCCCCUACCCUGCCUUGCCCCCGCCCCUGCUUGCUGCCUGUGCCAGUUGCCUGUUUUGCUUCAGUGUUUGAUUCUAGCACUUAAUGUGUCCUCCCGCACCAAGCCCUCCUGUCUCCUAGCCCCUUGACCCCUGUCCCCUCCUCAGUGACUUCUGGGAGAGAGAGGGAGCGGGAGCAGGUGGCCCUGGUUUGGGCAGAGUGGGCAGGGCUUUGGGAAGAGGGGCGAGGUGUUGUGCUGCUGGGGCCUCCCCUUUGGCCCUCCCUUCAGGCCCUGCACUAUGAUGUAUGAAAUGUAUGUACAGACCAGAGAUGUUUAUACAGCCAAUAAAGAUGGAGUUUCCAUAUUUAUCAGUA